UGAGAUAUGAAUUCAUCUUCUGAGUUACAAUCUAUUCAUUUCUUCGUUUUUUCUGGUUUAUCAUGAAGAAAAUGCUUGGAUCGAAGAUUAAGCAUCCUGAUAGAUAAUUGAGGAAUGAGUGUUGGGAUCAGCCAGGUGAAUUUCGAUGCUCAGGUGUUGGAAGAUGAGGAAGAAGCAGCGUUGGAGAAAGAAGAUCAAGAGAGAGAGCAAGAGAUUCGAGAGUUGUUAGACCGUGAACUGGACGAUGGACUUCUUGAUGAUGAUAAUGCAUCGUUUUCAUCACAUGAUCUUCGAAGUUCAGGAUAUAGUAGAGAAACUCCAUUCUCAGAUGAUUUUUCUGAACAAGUACCUCCAGCUAUCUUUAAUAGACAAGAUUCAAAGACAAUAAUACCAUCUGAAAAUGGGGCAUUUGAAAGACCACCUCUGAUGACACAGCGUGCAUUUCAUCUAAUCAAUGAAUCAGGAAAAAGGAAAGGGUUAAAUGCAAAUGAAGCACAAGGACCUUACAAUUAUGACAAUGGGUAUCAAUUUGAGAAUCAGUAUGAAAAUCAAGCAUUUUAUUAUAGAGAGCAGGAAAGUCCUGAUGAUGAAGGCCAUGAUCAGUACAACAGAAAAUAUAAUGGACAUGAAAAUGGUGUGAAUUAUCAUCAAACUUUGCCGAAUGAUGUUGAUGUGGAUGCUGAUGAAGGCUUUGAACAGUAUGGAAGCUACAGUCCUCAUCAACAUUUACAAGGACAAGCCUCUCCACAGCAUGGUAUGUAUGGCUAUCACUCUACACAGCCAAAGUAUCCUCGCUCAACAUUAACAGAAGACGACAGUAACCAUGGUGGUUAUAACUUGAAUGAAGAUUAUGGAGGUUACAAUGAGGAACAGGCAUAUUCACAAGCUCCUGUACAAAAUAUUUAUGCCCAUGAUGCAGACAGUAUACAGUAUUCAAAUGAACAAAAUCAUUACAGAAUGGACACUCCUGGAAAUUACAGAGUUCAUUAUCAUGGACAUCAUGAGAGAUAUCCCCAUGCAAGUGACAGGAGAACUGUGAGAGAAGAACAAGGAAGAAGUGACAGUGAAAAUGGAUUUUCAGGAGAUGGUGCUCAGGACACUACACAGCUUCAGAUACUUUACAAAGCACGAGGCAGAAAAAUUGAAGAGUUGACACAGAAACUCCAAAACCAGGAAGAGGAGAUGGCAAAAGAGAUCCGUAUUUUAAAACACCAGAUUGCAAUGAUGAAAGAUGAGCGUGACGGCAUUUCAACAAGUCUUGAAAACUCACAGAAAAUGGUGCAAGCAUGUAAUACAGAAUUGAACAAUCUGAAAGGCCAACUUGCUGCUGCUUAUCAGCAGAUUAAUGCUCUGAAAGAAAGUAAAGAGGAGGUGGUCAGCAAACUUCAUGUCAGUGAAACCACAAUUGACAGCUUGAACCAGCAGUUGGUUGAAUUAAGUCGUUCAGAAUCCUUGACUAGAGCAAAAGAACAGCAUGAAAGUGUCACAAAUGCCAUGAAGAAGAAACAUGAAGAGCAAACCCUGACACUAAAACAGAAACUGGAUGAGGCUAUUUUAUCAAGGGACUGCAAGCAUGAAGAAGUUAAUCAGUUGAGGGAUGAACUUGUCCAGAAAGCAGAAAUGAUCAAUUCAUUAACAAGAAGUCUGGAUUCCAGUCAAAAGCAAUGUCAAGAAAUCCUUAAGUCAGGGACAAUGUCAGAAAUCAACCAAUUGCGCCUGGCUCUUCAAGAGACUUCAACUGCCAGGAAUAUUGCUGAAGGCCAGUGCAUUUCUCUCAAGCAUGAGCUGUCAGAACUUCAAGAACAGAUCAAGAUGUAUGAAAGUGCAAGCAGGCUUGGUAUAGGAUCAGGGUCUGGAGGCCAUAAUGAAUCUUUGCCACAUCUGACCGCAAGAAACUUGAACAAAGAAAAUUGGAGCACUCCAAAGUCUCAUAAAAUUCCAUUGGAAGAAACAGUGAGCGAGCUAAGGAAAGAACUUGAGCACUGCUUGAUCAGUUACAAGGCUAAACAAGAACAGGUGCGUGAACAAGAGACAAACCUUGGUACCCUUAAAGUUCAGCUGAGAGAUCAGGAAAUGAAAGCUCAACGGAUGGAACAGAUUGCACAGGAACUUGAGAAUAAAUCGUUACAACUGGAGAAGAAAAUUAGAGAAAUGGAGGAUGACAAGAAAGAUCCUGAUGAGGAACAACAAAAAGUGCUCAUGGAUUUGGAAAUAACAAGAAAAAAUCUCCAGGAGUCUACUACAAACCUCAAAGAAGCUCUUCAGGAAAGAGAUGAUUUGACAGAUGCAUGUGCUGACCUUAAGCAGCAAAUGGCUGAGAUGGUCGCAGAAUUUGAUGAAGACAAAAGGAACAGUUUAGAAAAAUGCAGAGAAGCUUGCUUACAGCUUCAUGAGGAUGCUAAAAACUUGCUGAGAGAUCAGUUGAGCCAAGAAUAUGAACAAAAAAUCCACGAGUUGAAGAAAGAGUUGGAAGAAAACAGUGAGGAGUUAAUCAGGAUUAAGGAAUGCUAUGUGCAGCUGGGCGAGGAAAGCCGCGAAUUGGAACGGAAAAUGAAGGAUGAAUUUGAGAAGGAGAAACAGUUGUUAUUUUCCGAGAAUGAAGCCAAGCUAGAGAAUGAAUUGCGAGCCUCUCUUGAAAAGCAGCACGUGGAGCAUCUGGAAAAGGCCAAAGAUCAGUGGAAGAGAGAAGAGAUGAAGCGAAUCAAUGAUGAAGUUAUGAAACAGAAGGGACUGCUUCUAAAGAACAUGACGGAAGCACAGUCCAAAGCAGUUGAGGAAGCUCUGUCAAAAGCUCGUAUGGAAUGGAACAGUGAGCAAUCUUCUAUCAUUGCUGAUGAAAUAGCUACGGCCAAGAGAGAAUGGAUGAAGGAUCAGAACGAUGAGUUAGAGAAACGUUUAGCUAAUGCCAUCGAAGAAGUGAGACGAAUCUGGGACGAAGAACAAAAGCUGAAAACAAAGGAGGAGAUGGUCAAAGUACGUGCAGAAUUGGAGAAAGCACACGGAGCAUCAUGUGACCAACAACUUAACCAGGCAGUUGAACUGGCUCUGUCCCAAGCCCACGCGGACUGGCUGAAGAACGAGGAAGAAAUGAGGCAGCGAGAGAUUGAUCAAGCUGUUGAGGUGGCCAUAACUAACGCAGUCGCCGAAGCUAAGAAGGAAUGGCAGAAGGAGUUUGUAGCUCAAGACAGCUUAUUACAAACCUCUCUCGCUCAAGAAAGGCACCGGUGGAAGAAGGAAGAGGAAUCGGUGAGAGCUAAAGCGGUAGAAGCUGCUGUGGCUAUUGCUGAAGUGAAGUGGUUAGAGGAUGAACAGAAGAAAAUCUCUGAAGCAGUGGAACAAGCCGUGAAGAUGGCGAGGGAAACGUGGCAAGAGGAGAAGAAACGGGAUAUAGCCAUGGCAGUGGAUUUGGCUAAACAAGAGUGGAUGUCCAGGAAAGAAGAUGAAGUGAACCUGGUCUUGGAGUCAGCCAGCUCUCAACUUGUCGAACAGUUUGAGCAGCAGAAGAAAGAGGCCGUGGAAAAAGCUGUUGGCGAGGCACGGUUGUUAUGGGAGAGGCGAUUGUCCGAGGAGAGAGCCUCAGAAAUUGCUUCCAUUAGGGAAGAAAUCUUCAGAGAAUUUGAAGAACAAAAGAAAGCGGAAAUUAUGGAAACCUUGGAAGAAGCAAAGGAAGCAUGGAUGGAGGAAUCUGAGGAACAGAAGCGUGAGGAAGUAAACGAAGCUAUGGCUUACCUAGAGUCCGAAUACAAUAAGAAUUUAGAAGAGUUCAAACAUAAGACAUUGAGAGAUGCUCUCGAGCAAGCCAGGAAGCAGUGGACUACUGAAGAACUUUCACAUCGAGAGGAGAUUCUCAAGGCUCGUAUAUUAGCAGCUCAAGAAGACUGGCGCAAAGAAAUUGCCAAGUCUACCCAGGAAGAGAUUGACCGAGCCUUGUCCACUGCCAGGAAGGCCUGGGCCGUUAAAGCUGAUGAAAAAUUUGAGAAUCGUGUCAGGGAAAUAGAGGCAAAUGUGCGACAACAGCUGGAGGCUAAAAUCCAAGAAGAAAACAAAAAAAAUAUAAAUGAAGCACUUCGGGAAGCAGAGGAAAGGUUUAGCUGCGAAAAAAGGAAAUUAGAAGAAAACUUUAAGCAAAAGAUCGAUGACUCUUCACGCCGUCAAUGGGAAGAUGAGAAGGCUCGUUUGUCGAAAGAACAACAAAACCAUCUUGAACGCAUGCGCAGUGAGUACGAAUCCAAGUUGGCUGAUCAGCGUGCUAAGAUUGAGAGGGAUCUGGGCGUGAGAAUGAGAGGCGAAGUAGAGAAGGCAAGAAGUGAUUUGAAUAAAGAACAACAGGAUUUAAGGGCCCAACUGGAUAAACAGUAUGAACAGAAAGCGAGAAAAGCGUUAGAAAACGCAAGAAUUCAGUGGGAAAAACAACAGCAACAAGAGAUCACCAAAAGUAACGAGGACGCUGUGAAGCGACAGCAGGAGUUGUGGGCAAACGAGAGACGGGAAAACCUGUCUACCAUGGAGAACAUGAAACACGAGCUAGCCGCGGUCAAGAAGGAAUACGCCAUGGCAAUAGAGAAACUAAAGAGGGAGAUGGCAGAGGAGAAAAAGAAAACUCAGCACAGCAUGAAACGGCGAGACUCAAGGGAUAUUGCUGCUCAGACCUUGCCACAAGCAGAAAGCGGUAGCGACACAAGUUUCAGCAGCGUGGAUCAUGAGUCAGCCACGCGUGGACUCCAUGAACUACGUCAACACUACUUGGAUACCAUCGCUAAGAUACGUGAUGACGUGUUGGAUCACGUGCACCAGACCAAGGCUAGCGCAGCCAAGAAGAUCAGGGGCGAAGUUUUAAAAGAACGUCACUCCACGGCCAAAAAGCUUCGUAAGUACUACCUUCAAUGUCUUAAGCAACUUCUUGAGGAAGAUCGUGUGGCUCUGGAGGGUAACAGGUCCCCUAUCAGUGCUGAGGAUAAGUUGAACAGAAUGGCUGAAGCUUUAAAAACGCUGAGUCCUGACAAGGAAUCUACCGGACAGCAUUUCCAACAACCUGAAGUGUAUGAAAGCGCUCAAACGCCUCGUUCGGCAUUAUUCACUGUGUUACGAACUUCAAGUGAGCCUGACGUCCGGGACAUGAAGUCACCACAUACGCCGACUCCCGUUAGACCACGUGAUGGCCUCCCUGAUGGAGCAAGCGACACAGCUCAGCCAAUCACAACAAAAGACAGAGCAUUUACUCCCAUAUUAGGAAGGUUACCACCAAUGGACGACUUGCUGAGAAAGAAACACUUGGCUCCGGAGAGGGAAUAUGAAAAUUUUUCCUCUAACAAGACAGAUAUUCGAGCCAUGAAGGCCGAUAAUGUGGCUAUUCCAGCUCUUAAACGUGCUGCAGACAUUAAUUCAGAGGACGAUGUUUCAGCACCUUCAGAUGAGAAAGAAAGACAGAUGGCAAAUGCACUUCAUGAGCGUGUACUCAAGCAUAAACCCUCUCCAACGUACAGGAGAACUGCAGCUUCACCUGCGUUCUCUACCAAGUCUUACGAGUCAGAUCAGUACAGUGAACUUCCUACAGUAAUUCACAUUUCAAGACGAGAAUCCAGUGGCUCAAAAGACAGCAAAAGCAAUCCAAGUCGUACCUCAGAGGCCAAGGAUGACACAAUCUCACCCAUCAGGCCACCAUCUGCGAAAAGUAGAAUAACUCAUGUUUUGCCUCGUGAAAAAAGGUUACAGGCCUCAGCAGGUUUACCUUCUAAGCCGCGGAUUGAUGUUCGAGCGAAACGUAUGCAAAAAUCUUAACAUUAGAGUCUUUACUCAGGCGUGAUCCACUUAUGGAAUGAAGCGUAGUCAUUUCCGGAUACAAAUGUUGACAGAACCGGGCGUUUGCACUCAGCUCGUUAGUAGUAAUGAGACUAAUUAAUCAAAUACCUGUUAGUUGGCUAACAGCUUAAGUGACAUUUCCUUCCUUCUUUGUACAAAGAAGUUUGCACUUCCACCCCGUGAGUGGAAAUUAGGUGCCCACGCACGAGCGUGUACAUGCCCAAAAAUUGUGUGAUUCGCUUUGAUACAGACGGUAGGUUAGCUUUUGCAAAAAAAUGGCGAUGUACACUCAAAGAGAAGAGAAAAAAGUAGAAAAGAUCAGUAGUUACAUGUAGUCAAACAUGUAAUUGCUUAUUUUUGUAAAACUAGUCAAAAGGUAUCUUUUUGUACAUAGGAAUGUUUCUAUUCCGGUUGUAUAUUAGUAUUCUUUUCUCUGGGAGUCUCUAAUUUAUUGAUCAAAUGAUUCCAAAAAAAUUGGAAUUUUCAAUAAACGUAAAUUCCAAUCUCUUCCGGAUGUUCUUGAAGCAACAUUGUUUUAUAGUUCUAACGGCCCCAACCAAAGUUUUAAGACUUUGAAAAGGUUUAAACAAUGGACGCUGCCUUUGCAUGUUUAGCUAUGUAUUAAACGUUCUGUGUUUAUCAGGAAGAGAAUACAUCUGGCGAAAAAUUC